AGAGCUGCAGUUUCAGCCACGACAGCAAGAACCGCUGAGCGGGCGACCGCAGCGCCGGCGGAGGCAGGAGCAGCCUGGGCGGGUCGCAGUGUCUCCCCGGGUGCAGGAAAGCGAGCAGAGAUAUCCUCUGAGAGCCAAGCCAAGAACAUUAAGGAAGAGAGGAGGAAUGAGGCUGGAUACAGUGCAGUGAAAAAAGACACUUCAAGGAGAAGGGCACCCACUACUCAGAGACUGGACUGUGUCAUCAAAAUGAGAACUUACCGAUACUUCUUGCUUCUCUUUUGGGUUGGCCAGCCCUACCCAACUUUCUCAACUCCAUUAUCUAAGAGGACUAGUGGUUUCCCGGCAAAGAAAAGGACCCUGGAGCUCUCUGGAAACAGCAAAAAUGAGCUGAACCGUUCGAAAAGGAGCUGGAUGUGGAAUCAGUUCUUUCUGCUGGAGGAAUACACAGGAUCCGAUUAUCAGUAUGUGGGCAAGUUACAUUCAGACCAGGAUAGAGGAGAUGGAUCACUUAAAUAUAUCCUUUCAGGAGAUGGAGCAGGAGAUCUCUUCAUUAUCAAUGAAAACACAGGGGAUAUACAGGCCACCAAGAGGCUGGACAGGGAAGAAAAACCUGUUUACAUCCUUCGAGCUCAGGCCAUAAACAGAAAAACAGGGAGACCUGUGGAGCCCGAGUCUGAAUUCAUCAUCAAGAUCCAUGACAUCAAUGAUAAUGAACCAAUAUUCACCAAGGAGGUUUACACGGCCACUGUUCCUGAAAUGUCUGAUGUCGGCACAUUUGUUGUCCAAGUCACUGCAACUGACGCUGAUGAUCCAACGUACGGAAACAGUGCUAAAAUUGUCUAUAGCAUCCUACAGGGGCAGCCCUAUUUUUCAGUUGAAUCAGAAACAGGUAUCAUCAAGACAGCCUUGCUCAACAUGGAUCGUGAAAACAGGGAGCAGUACCAAGUGGUGAUUCAAGCCAAGGAUAUGGGUGGACAGAUGGGGGGAUUGUCUGGGACCACCACAGUGAACAUCACGCUGACGGAUGUCAAUGACAACCCUCCCCGGUUUCCCCAGAGUACAUACCAGUUUAAAACCCCUGAAUCAUCUCCGCCGGGUACACCAAUUGGCAGGAUCAAAGCCAGUGAUGCCGACCUGGGAGAAAAUGCUGAAAUUGAGUACAGCAUUACAGAGGGAGAGGGGCUGGACAUGUUCGAUGUCAUCACCGAUCAGGAAACCCAGGAAGGGAUUAUAACUGUCAAAAAGCUCUUGGACUUUGAAAAGAAGAAAGUGUACAGCCUCAAAGUGGAAGCCUCCAACCCUCACAUUGAACCCCGCUUUCUCUACCUGGGUCCAUUCAAAGAUUCAGCCACAGUUAAAAUUAUGGUGGAAGAUGUAGACGAGCCCCCUGUCUUCAGCAAACUGGCCUACAUCCUACAAAUAAGAGAAGAUGCUCAGAUAAAUACGACAAUAGGCUCAGUCACAGCCCAAGAUCCAGAUGCUGCCCGAAAUCCUGUCAAGUAUUCUGUUGAUCGACACACAGAUAUGGACAGAAUAUUCAACAUCGAUUCUGGAAAUGGCUCAAUUUUUACAUCGAAACUUCUUGACCGAGAAACAUUGCUGUGGCACAACAUUACAGUGAUAGCAACAGAGAUCAAUAAUCCAAAGCAAAGCAGCCGAGUACCGCUGUAUAUUAAAGUUCUAGAUGUCAAUGACAACCCUCCAGAAUUUGCUGAAUUCUAUGAAACCUUUGUCUGUGAAAAAGCAAAAGCAGAUCAGUUGAUUCAGACCCUACGAGCCGUUGACAAGGAUGACCCUUACAGCGGCCACCAAUUCUCGUUCUCUUUGGCCCCAGAAGCAGCCAGUGGCUCAAACUUUACCAUUCAAGACAACAAAGACAACACAGCGGGAAUCUUAACUCGGAAAAAUGGCUACAAUAGACACGAGAUGAGCACCUAUCUCCUGCCUGUGGUCAUAUCAGACAAUGACUACCCAGUCCAAAGCAGCACUGGGACAGUGACUGUCCGGGUCUGUGCGUGUGACCACCAAGGGAACAUGCAGUCCUGCCACGCGGAGGCCCUCGUCCACCCCACGGGACUGAGCACGGGGGCUCUGGUUGCCAUCCUGCUGUGCAUCGUGACCCUACUAGUGACAGUGGUGUUGUUUGCAGCUCUCAGGCGACAGCGGAAAAAAGAACCUUUGAUCAUUUCCAAAGAGGACAUCAGAGACAACAUUGUCAGUUACAACGACGAAGGUGGGGGAGAGGAGGACACCCAGGCCUUUGAUAUCGGCACGCUGAGGAAUCCCGAAGCCAUAGAGGACAGCAAAUUACGCAGGGACAUUGUGCCCGAAGCCCUUUUUCUACCCCGACGGACUCCAGCAGCUUGUGAUAACACCGACGUCCGAGAUUUCAUUAACCAAAGGUUAAAGGAAAAUGACACGGACCCCACUGCCCCGCCCUACGACUCCUUGGCCACCUUCGCCUACGAGGGUACCGGUUCGGUGGCCGAUUCCCUGAGCUCGCUGGAGUCGGUGACCACGGAUGGAGACCAGGACUACGAAUACCUUAGUGACUGGGGGCCUCGGUUCAAAAAGCUCGCAGAUAUGUACGGAGGGGUGGACAGUGACAAGGACUCCUAAUAUGUUGCCUUUUUCAUUUUCCAGUACGACACUGAAACAUGUGAAGUGGCUCUUUCUUUCUAUUUAUCCACCGCUCCGUGAAGGGUUCUCUGUUCUACCCGUUCCAAAAGUUAAUGGCUGCAGUCCGUGCGGAUCCAAUGUUAGAGACUUUUUUUCUAGUACACUUUUAUGAGCUUCUGAGAGGCAAAUGUUUAUUUUUUAGCGCAUCCAGUUAACCAUGUCAGCCCAACAGGCACCGUGCUGGAGGAGAGGAUGGGGAGUAAUCCUUUCCCCUGUUCUCUUAGUGCAGGUUUGGAACAUGCUCGAUUUCACUGGCCUGGUCUCAUAGUACAUUGCAUUGACUCAAGGUCAGCUGACUGCUCUGUACAUUUCACAUGCUAAUGGGAUAAGGGAUUAUACUUUAUAAGAAUAUAGUUUUAGUUAAAGAAAUGAAGGAGGAACCACUGCUCCUGGUAUAUCAGCUCACAAGGAGAUGAUGAACUAUAUAUGGGUGUGUAUUUCUGUUACAAAGAAUUUCAAAUGAUAUUUGCCAGUCCUGUUUAUCCUUCAUGAUCUUUUUUCUGGCACCAGUGACUAUUCAAAACAUCAGAUCCACCAACGUUUUGAGAUUCGCCUUCUUCUUUAGGAAAUGAUGCCAAUUAAAUGGUAACAUUCAAAGAUAACCAAAAAAAAAAAAAUCUUAAUAAGACCUCAUUCCUUGCCACUGACUCAUAAUUUGUUAUAUAUUAGACAUACAAAAGUUUGCCCUUGCACCAUAUAAAGGGAAAAGAAAAAUAGAUAAUCAAUGUUAACAAAGGAAAUAUUCAGCAUAUUUUAAAGUUUGGGCCACCAAAUGUAUCAUGGAUCACCUGAAAUUAUUUCAGCCAUCAGUAGGCUAAUUACAAAUACGUCUAAAUUGUUUAGAAAGUUCUUGAAGGAACUUUUCUGAGACAAAGUUUAACUCCUUGUCUGUAAUUGUCAGUAUUAUUCUAAUCUACUUGAAAGUAGCAGUGUGAAGUACAAUAAUUCAUAUUCUUCAGAUACGUCUUAUACAAUUAAGUUGCAUUAGUGAAGGUAGAUUAAAUAAAACUCAGAUCCCUCUCUCAGAGUCUAAUGGGGAGGUAAGAGCCAGUCACACUUGAACUUGACACCCUGCCCUUCACAUUUGGAAAUAUCCGUAUAUUUAUAUAACACGAUACAUAUAGAAGAACACUGAAAUCACGGUGAAAACCUACAUAUUACAUGUUUGGAAAACACUUAAAAAGGGAAAACUUGGAUUCCCUUCAACAAGGGUGCUUAAGAUUGUAAUUAAAAUGAUAGCUGACUUUCAAAAGCAUUAAAAUUUUUUCAUUGUUUUUAACUUUGUUCCCACGGCAAUCCCUGCCCUCAUCUUUGAACGAAUGAUAAAGUAAUGGUCUCAAACUGCAACAGAAAAGUAAUGUACAAUCCAUCAAACCCAUUAUUUCUCUAAUUAUGCAAUUAGCAUCAUAGUUAUCGUCCAGAGGACCCAACUGAACUGAACUAAUCCUUUUGGCAGGUUCAGAUCAUUUAUUUCAUAUGCUAUUCUAAUGAUUUUUGUCAUUAGACUCUUACAUUGUGCAGUCAUCAGAAAUUUCCAAAGUACUGUAACGAAACAUCCUUGUUUUGAAAACUUGGAAAAAAACAGACUCUGUAUGUAUAUAAUAUGUACUUAAGAAUACGCUGACUUCAAUUAUUAGUCUUAGGGAUUUAUUUUCAAUUAAUGGUAAUUUUCUACAGAUAAUCUUAGUGCCAUUUCCAUUUGGGGAUAAUGUCCUAUCAGCACAUACUUUCUAUUUGGAAACACACUGUUGUUUAGUAGUUAAGUUCUAAAUAGGUUUAUUACCCAGGAAGUAAAGACAGCACCUUUAAAAUAAGAGAAAUAUAGUCUUUGGGGUUACCCAAUGAGAGUGAAAAUUUUUUACAACCAUAUUAUUCCUUGUGUUUCCUGAAUGGAUGGACUUCCCUGUAUACUAACAAGUAUUUCAUGGUUGGGCUGUUUCCUGCUUACAAGGUUUUCUUUUCUAGUUCUUCACACACGCACAGACAUACACACACACAGGAACGCAGACAAAAUACUACAGGAGGGCUUCACUGUAAUGAGUCGAUAUAUAUCAUAGUCACAGGUAAGUGUUGAAAAAAAGAUAGCUUAGGAAAGUUAAUUAUAAGAACUAGUUAUUUAUAGCAAUAGAACAGCACCUUAAUCACACAAAUUACUGUAAAAUUUAAGAGCUCUCUAUCCUUAUAUUUCAUGUCAUGUAAUAAAGUAUAUCAAGAAAGAUAGUCCUGUAAAAGAAAAGUAUCAUCAGAAGUCUUCCUUCUAAAAUUUUGGCAUUAAUUGGAAUGUGUGUGGGUUGACGCCAGCAACUUCCAUGUUUAAGGGUAAGGUUUACGCUUUCCUCCUAAAGUGAAAGUAAGAAGUUCUGUAGUGGAACUUCUGAGGUGUAAUUGGAAGUUAUCUUAUUCCACCCUGAAGAUGGGACAGUUAUACCAAGAGCAAGUUAAUAUGACUAAGUACAUAACUGUUAAAUCUCUUACCACAAAAGCUGAUGAUGAAGUGAAUCUCUAAGAAGUUGGAUAGAUUGGAGCUGAAUAUUUUGCACAAGGGUCCUAUAAAUGUCAAGACUGAGUAACAUUUUCCUAAAAUUAAAGCUGCCUGAUGUCGUGGAAACAAUAAGAGCCAUAGUUCCAUCAUUCUGUGCUGGUCUCACUUCCUUCCACCAAGACAUCCGGUCAAGAACCUGGGUUGACAUGAAUGACUGGAGAAAACAUUAGCUUUCAGCUCAGUUUUCACACUGUCUCUGUCCUGAUAUUAGAUGUUUGUGAUGAGAAAGAAGGAAAUUGAGAAGAGGUAAAGUUGUUUUAAUAUUUGCUUUAAUCACUGAGAAACUAAAAUUCAUUAAGUAUAGGGAGAUUGCCUUUGUGGGUUGUUUCAAGAACUUUGAGGCCCUUCUCACUUUUUUUUUUUUUUUUUUGCCCUCUAUUCAAAGGGGAAAGUUUCUUCAUCACUGAGAUGUUCCCUAGAAUAAGCUGAAAUUUUGAAAACAUUAAGCUAUUGUGCAUAAGUUUAAAGCCCCUUCACUUCAUGGCACUUUCUUCUGAAAGGCCUGGAAAACACUCAUUCCCAAAUAAAAGACUAAAUCAAAUGAGGGAGAAUCAAAAUUGGUUUCAUAGAGCCAUAAGAGAGGGGACCUGGGCCCAGAAAAUAUAUGUUUUUGUAAGAGCUUUCCUAGCUUUACAGUUUAGGUGCCUAUAGGGAGGUUUGGAUACAAAUCAACUCCAUUUUCAGAUGGAAUAACACCUGGUGUUAUAUUCUAACUCAGUAUAAAAAUUUUGGUUUAGUGUUCAUUUUUCAGCUCCCAAAAAGUUAUACAAAAAGUUCUUAUAAGUUGAAUCUCUAUCUUAGAAGCAUCCAAAUUUUAUGGAUCCAAACUAACUUCAGAAUGUUUUCAUUCAUUUCACUUUUAGGUAAUUUUUAAAUUUAAACAUUUAAGUGAUACAUACGUUUGAGGUGUUCUGAUUUGCUAAGCAAUACCUUAUACCAAAUGCUUUGUCUUGAAAUGGGUAUUUCACUGGAGAUAAUCAUGUAUAAACUACGAAUUGGGCAUUCCUCAAUUCUAUAUACUUGAGGACCAUUAAAAAAGUAUGCAGUUGAAAGGAAAGAAGAAACUUGAUUCCUGGGCACAAACUAAAUAUUUAAAGCAGGUACAGCUAAAUUCAUUUUCCCCAGAGACUGAACGAACCACCAAAUAAAUUAUUUUUUCAUAGUCACUAGUGUUGAAGUGGUGUAAUUACUUUGGAAGAACACUAAAAAGUCAUGAUCUCCACUAUUUUGAAAGGUAUCCUCUGGAAAGGAUCAUUUUAGUGUAAUUUUAUUCUUUUUUUUUUUUUUUUGGCCUAGAGGAAAUCUUUUUUGAAUUGUGACAGGAGAUUAAAAAUCCAAGCAGUCUACUAUUACCACUACAACCCAGCCUCCUUUAACAGAUAAUAAGAGUGGAAAGAUUAAGACUUCGUGUGUGCAUCUUCAGGAAAAUGAACUAUUUCCUGAGGUCUGACAGCAGCUUUCUUUUCUAGAGAAUACAAAAUUACAGUAUCAUCUCCUUAAAAGUUCAGUGAUUCUUACGGUUGCAGCAUUUUUAAUCUCCCUUUGGCAUCUUUAUGGGAUAAUUUUCUAAAGGGAUAAUUCUCUACUAAAAAAUAUCGGACCCCGACCAUAUUUUCUGUGCAGAGCAAUACAUUGACUCACACACUUGUUAAAAGUUAAUAAAGAAAUAGUUCAUUUUUAAAGCCAGAAGUUUAUGGUCUCUGCAUUGUCAAUUUAAUUUAAGCAUUGCUGAGACAAUCUUUAAUCUACUCCCCAUUUGGUAAUACCUUAUUUAUGAUGCAGUUUCAUUUUUUAAUUUGGGGGGAACGUUUGCCCGACAGAGCCAGCAGAUGAAAGUGCUGAAAGGAGGUGAAAUGGAAACAAAGCCUAUUACCCACUGUAUUUCAGACAGGACCAGGCACUUAGUCGAAGAGCCACUGGGUUAUUAGAUUAAUUUCAAAAGAGCUUUUACAAGUUGCUUAAUUCCCUUUUUUAAAAAACGCAUGGACCACAAACUCAAAUUUCUCCUCAAAUGGGGUUAAUCCGACAAAUGAGGCAUGGACCCAGCGUUGUGGAAAAAGCAUUCCACUAUAAUGAGAUCUUGGUCUUUCUUGCAAGACUGUGCUAUUUAUGUAAAUACGUCUAGAGGCACCUGCUAUAAGCUUUUAGUUUUCUAUGAUCUAUUAGUUUAGUGUUUAUUAAGGAAUCAUAUGUAUAGAAUUACUAGGCAUUCAGGAGGAAUGCUGUGUAGCAAACGAAAACUGAUCUGCUCGGGAGAAACACAGGAGCGAUUCAAAACCACUGUACUAUUUUGUUUGUGAUUAUUUUCAUUGCUUUGAAAGUAAACUGCAUAAGAAUAGGACUUAAAAUAAUUGCUAUGGGCAUCUUCAGUAGUACCAAGCUAAGGCAACAUGGCAUUCUCCUACAGUGAUUUGUGAUUUUAAACCCCCAAAAUAAAAGCUUUUUGGUAUUGAUUGUUUUUAAUUAAAAAUACUCCCAAGUAUAAAUUGAAGCUGAUACCACCCUGGAAGAUUUACUGACUGGAGUGCUCAGUUCAUGUGGUUUUUCUCGGUAUCGCUCGUGUCUUUGGCAACAACACCUGAUGGAAACAAUCACUGCUCAGCUUUCAUCCACAUUUCUAGCUAGGGAGAUUUUCAUAACUUCACAGUUUACAUGAGAAAGUUUUCUGUAUUAGAAGAAUGGAGUUGAGACAAUUACCUUAUAGCUCAGUGUGGUCGGGCCUUUUGUUGUAGUCAAAUGGCAAAUACACGCUCCUUGAAAUGGCUUCUUUUAUUUUCCUUUGUUUUCUUAGACGUAAAAAUUUGAAAAGAAUGCAAUUUAAAAAGUGAUUUCUCACAAAGAGUAAAUAUGCCUUUUGCAAAUCAAUUUUUGUAACAAGUUAUUUAUAUGAUAUUACUUAAUAAACUGGUUUUUUCUAA